GGUUCCUCUUCCCAGGGAACCAGACCUAAUGGUAUACCUGCGGAUGUAGGUCCAGCCCCUGCUUUGCCGGGUCCUGUCUCUGAUCAUGUUGCACCUCCAAGGGCAUUCAUUGACGGUGAUGCCCUCAAUCUUAACAGACGGGUAUCACCUGAUGGAGAAGAGUCAGCCCCCAACCAAAACAACACCAACAAACACCUCAUCAGCUGUAAAAAUCAUACGAUACUCAGCACCCUCAAUGCCGCACCUCGGUCUCUUGGCCGUCUAGAAGAACUUGGUGCAAAUGCAGAAUCACAUGGCAUUGAUAUAAUAGCUGUCCAAGAACACCGACUCUACCACCCUGACAACAUCCUCAAAUACCAUCAAGUCGGUUCUUAUCAACUUGUAACCUCCUCAGCAUCAAAGAAUACUGUUAAUUCAACAGUUGGAGGUAUCGGAUUUCUACUUUCAUCAAAGGCUAGUGAUACUCUCUUGAGUAUAGAGUCAAUCUCACCUAGAAUUAUGGUGCUUGAGAUAGAUGGAAACCCAAAAACAACAUUGGACCCGAUGAGACCAAGUUUACUUUCAACUCUAAAACAAUCGGAACGGAGAAUGCUCAAAGACUUCUUGGAGGAAUUUAAUCUCUACACCUCCAACAAUUCUUUUAUGAAACCAAAAGGUCAACUUUGGACAUUUGAGUCCCCACUUGGUGAUAGGGCACAAAUUGACUACCUCAUCUUUCGAAAGAAAUGGCGCAAUAGUGUUAAGACUCGAGAUCCUACUCUUCCUUUAGUUCUGUCGGCUCUGACCACAGAAUUGUAUCAGCUACCGUUAAGCUUAGUCUUCGCUCAUCCAAAAAAACUAAGCCUCACCUGA